AUGUCAACAAUGGUUACCGUUACCAUCACCUACCGCCAGCCCGGCACGCAGCCGCCCAUUUUCGUCGCCGGCUCCUUCUCCGAUCCACAAUGGGAGCCCCAAGAGAUGCAGUUCACCACCGAAGAGGGCGGAGAGCACACAUUUUUUAAGACGGUCGAGGUUUUGCCAAGCUCGCAGAUCCAGUACAAGUUCAGAGUCGGUCUAGGCGACUGGUGGGUGCUUAACGAGGAUGCCGCCACAGUGACCGACGACGCUGGCAAUCGGAACAACCUGUUGAAUGCCCCUGCAUCUCAGGAGUCUACACAAGUAAAUGGUACAAAAUCGAAUGGCCAGGACACAAACGAGGAGAACACCGCUAGUUCAACAAAUAUCGCGAAUAUGGAUGCCUCGACCACACAACUCGAUCCAAAGCCCAAGCCUCUAGAGCACCUAAAGGAUGAGGAACGUAAACGACUCUCAUCGACUCCAAUUGAGCAGGUUGCAAACACCGCAGCAGAGGUCGCCGACACUGCCGAGAAACUUGAUGCAGAAGAUGACACGGCUCGACUUGCACCACUGAAUCGCCUCAAAGAUGAGGAGAGGAAGCGCCUUUCUUCAACGCCAAUUGAGCAGGUUGCUAAGACUGCAGCUGAAGUUGCCGACACGGCUCAGAAGUUGGACGCUGAUCAAGACUUCGACAAGGAUCUCACAGACGAUGGACCUCCGCCUCUUUUUACCCAUGAAGCACUGGGUCCCUACGAACCACCUGAUGACGAGGACGAUAUCGACGAGACGGAUCAUCACGGCACAGUAGACUACGAUGUCGACAAGUACGACUUGAACGAUCCGGCCCUUGAGAGAUUGCCAUCGAAUCGAGACGGCAUCAUGGAAGCUGUACGCAAGGUUGAGACUGGACGCAACGAAGACCAAACAUGCUUCCAUGGUGCCCCCUUGUCCCCCGUCGUCAACUCAAGAAGAGCAAGUAUUGAGCCCCAAGAGGAUGUUCUGCUCUCUCCUGGACUUCCAAGCCCGGGAUAUAGCAAGAACCUUGAGCUACCGAGAAAGUCACACGGCUCUAUGGCAUCAGACAGGUCGCUUGUAUCUCUAGGCUCUAUUGCUGAAGAAGAAGGUAGGGACACGCCAAGCGCAGACGUAGCCGACCGCGAGGAUGCCGGCCCAGUCCGAGUUCCCAGCCCUGCCGUGCGCCCAACGCCCAACAUCUACACAUUCCCUGCUAGUGACGAGGAUGAGGGAGUUGUCUUGAAGGGUUCUACAUCCAAGUCCAAAAAGAGUGCCGAGUCUUCCAGAUCAGACUCUCCCGACAUUAAUGGCAAUACCAACGGCAAGCUUUCUGGAAACAUAUCACCCAAGACGCAGGUUCCCAAGCCGGAUAGCCCCAGCAUCAAUGUGCAGGCCCCUGAGGAGGCGGGCGAACCUAGCAGUUCCGAUGCUACUACUCCUGGGGUAACUGCUUCGGAAGCCUCGACCAGCGGGCGAGAUGCGGGCCACAAGGGCCAGCUCAAGAAGCGUGGAGGAUCUUCGUCGGCCGACCGCCCUGGGACUCCUUCAUCUAUACAUAGCGUCGCAGAUCGCAAGGGCGGAUGGCUUCAUGCUUUCUUCCGCGUGCUCUUCGUUGACUGGAUCGGCGGUCUAUUCAGCCGGUUAUUCGGUAGCAAGAGAAAGGUGUAA